UCCGGGGUCAGGCGGUGGCUGCUCAAAUCCUCCACAGUGACGUCCCCCACACAAGACAAUGGUCCUUUUCCUGACUGACCCACCAAGGAUGGGUAAGGACAGAAAGGAGAUGGCCAAGAAAAUAUUACAACUUACCCUGGAGAUCAUCUUCCUGCUGACUGGAGAGAAUUACACAGUAGUGAAGAAGACAUUUGUUCAGUCAGAAAGAUGGAGCUGGACUCAGAGUCCCAUCACUGACCUUCCACCCGACUCACUGAUAAAUGAAAGAAACAGUGAUGAGAAGAUCCUAGAAGUCACCAAUAAGAUUAUUGAGCUGCUGACUGGAGAGAGUGAAGAUGUAACGAAUUUAAGAGUUGAGGCAAUACAAGGAACAGAGACGUAUGUGAAGACUGAUCAGCAUUGUAAAGAGGAGCAAAUUCCAGUAGAUAUCUGUCCAGAUGAACCAAGGGACAAACCUCCUCCGGAGCGAUACCCUCUUUAUUCUCAAGAUUGCAAAGGAGAAUACAUUGUAUCCCAGGAUCAUGAGGAUGAAGAGCUGAUAAAUAUAAAAGUUGAGGCUUUAACAAGUGAAGAGGAGCCAUAUGUGAGGAAUGAUCUUCAGUGUAAAGCGGAGGAAAUUCCUGUGGAUAUAAGCCCCGCAGAUGACUACGCCAGGAUUCCAGAAGCACAUAUUAUUUUAUUUCCAGAUUAUAAAACAGAAGAUCCUGAUAUUAAUCAAGAUAAAUCUGGAGAAAACCACAUGGCCCCUAAAAUGUCCACAGCCCUUUACAGCAGAGAGCCAUGGGAGAUAGUCCCAUGCUGUGAAUGCAGGAAAGAUUUUACAAAGAACUUGGAUGUUUCUCAAGACACAGGAUCUCCUAGUGAUGAACAGUUGUACUCAUGUUCACAAUGUGGGAAAUGUUUAAUUGAGAAAUCCAUUCGUUUCGAACAUCGACGGCCAGGCCAGAAGCGAUUUUCAUGUUUGGAGUGUGGGAAAUGUUUUUCACGUAAACAUCAUCUUGAGAGACAUCAGAUAAUUCACACCGGGGAGAAACCAUUUUCAUGCCCACAGUGCGGGAGAUGUUUUUCACGCAAACAUCAUCUUGAGACGCAUCAGAGAAUUCACACAGGGGAAAAGCCAUUUUCAUGUACAGAGUGCGGUAGAUGUUUUGCACAGAAAUCAGUUCUGAAAGAACACAGAAAAAUUCACACAGGGGAAAAACCAUUUUCAUGUUCAGAAUGUGGGAAAAAGUUUGCCCAGAAGAACGUUCUUGUUGAACAUCAGAGAACUCACACGGAUGGCUUCACUAAAGACUUGAAGAGACAUCGCCUUUUAUCUCCAAAAGAUGAAGUAGGAUUUAAUGUCGGCCUUGAUAAAUCUGGAAUACCACCCAUUAACCCAAAUAUAUCCCUAGUUCUUCAAACCAGAGUGCCAUCAUCUGAUCAUAGUCAUCUGAAGAAAGACCCAUUUGAUCAAACUGUAGUUCUCAACAGAGGUAAAGUAUUUCCAUGCUCUGAAUGUGGUAAACUUUUUAAGCACAACUCAAGUCUAUCUAUACACAAGAGAACUCACAGCGAUGAGCGGCCAUAUUCAUGUUCAGAAUGUGGGAAAAGCUUUACCCAAAAAUCAGUUCUUGUUGAACAUGAAAGAAUUCACACAGGGGAGAAGCCAUUCUCAUGUUUGGAAUGUGGGAGAUCUUUUGCCCAGAAAUCUGCCCUUGUUAAACAUGAGAGAACUCACACGGGGGAGAGGCCAUAUCCAUGUCUGGAAUGUGGAAAAUGUUUUACCCAGAAGUCUUCUCUUGUAAAGCAUCAGAGACGUCACACAGGAUACAAGCCAUUUUCAUGUUCAGAAUGUGGGAAAUGUUUUAUCCAUAAAUCAGAUAUUUUGAGACAUGAGCGAACUCACCUGGGAUGAGAAGCCAUUUUUGUGCUCAGAUUGUAUAAAAUCUUUUGCCCAUAAAUCAGAAUUUGUUGAUAUAAAAAUAUGAAAUAAGAUCUAGUUAGACAUCACAAAAUGUAGAGACAUGAAACUGUUUUCUUGUUUUGAUUGUGAGAAAUGUUGGACAGUUCUUGUAAAAAACAUUUGUCUGUAAAAUGAAAUAUUAUAAAUGUGUUUUACAUUGUGAGGUUUAAUUUCUUAAUCCACAUGAAUUUCAUUCCUUCUAAUAAUGUAUAGGCUUCCUUUACAUGCUGACAACUCAAGUCAUUCAGACCAACUAGACAUUUAAAAGUCCAUUCAUAACCAAACUACAAAGUCUGAGUUUUGUUCAGAUUUACACAGGCUAACAGAUCCAGCAGUCAGCAUGGAAGGGGAGGUUUCCAAAGUACAACCUGAAAUGUGAAAAAAGUUGGGCCGCUGUGUAAAAU